CUCCACCACAACACCUCUGUCUCAGGGCGCAGACCCCGCCUCAGCCUCCUGCAGCACCAUGAGCGGCCGCGUCGGAGACCUGAGCCCUAAGCAAGCGGAGACUCUGGCCAAGUUCCGGGAAAACGUCAAGGAUGCACUGUCCGCCCUGCCCAACCCUGACGACUACUUUCUCCUGCGCUGGCUCCGAGCUCGCAAUUUCGACCUGCAGAAAUCAGAGGCGAUGCUUCGCAAGUACAUGGAGUUCCGGAAGACGAUGGACAUUGAACACAUUCUGGACUGGCAGCCCCCAGAGGUGAUCCAGAAGUACAUGCCCGGCGGCCUGUGUGGCUACGACCGCGAUGGCUGCCCGGUGUGGUACGACAUCAUCGGGCCGCUCGACCCCAAGGGCCUGCUCUUCUCCGUCACCAAGCAGGACCUGCUCAAGACCAAGAUGCGGGACUGUGAGCGCAUCCUGCACGAGUGUGACCUGCAGACCGAGCGGCUGGGGAAAAAGAUCGAGACCAUUGUGAUGAUAUUUGACUGCGAGGGCCUGGGACUGAAGCACUUCUGGAAGCCUCUGGUGGAAGUUUAUCAGGAGUUCUUUGGUCUCCUUGAAGAAAAUUACCCAGAGAGGCUGAAGUUCAUGCUCAUUGUGAAAGCCACCAAACUGUUUCCUGUGGGCUACAACCUUAUGAAGCCCUUUCUGAGUGAGGACACUCGCAGAAAAAUUGUAGUACUGGGAACCAACUGGAAGGAAGGCUUGCUGAAACUCAUCAGUCCUGAGGAACUGCCUGCUCAGUUUGGAGGGACCAUGACUGACCCUGAUGGGAACCCCAAGUGUUUAACUAAGAUCAACUAUGGCGGGGAGAUCCCCAAGUCCAUGUACGUGCGGGACCAGGUGAAAACACAGUACGAGCACUCGGUCCAGAUCAGCCGCGGCUCCUCACACCAGGUGGAAUACGAGAUCCUGUUUCCAGGCUGUGUCCUCAGGUGGCAGUUCAUGUCGGAUGGGGCCGACAUCGGUUUUGGGGUUUUCCUGAAGACCAAGAUGGGGGAGCGGCAGCGGGCCGGGGAGAUGACAGAGGUGCUGACCAGCCAGCGCUACAAUGCCCACAUGGUACCCGAGGAUGGGAGCCUCACCUGUGCGGAGGCCGGCGUGUAUGUCCUGCGCUUCGACAACACCUAUAGCUUUGUCCAUGCCAAGAAGGUCAGUUUCACGGUGGAGGUCCUGCUCCCGGACGAGGGCAUGCAGAAGUACGACAAGGAGUACACCCCGGUGUAGGCGCUCCGCCGCUUCUCAGAGACCUGAGACCCUCUGCACUCUAUCUCUCUUUCUCCCCUCCCCACCCCAGACACAGAUCAUUAUAUGCCCUCUUGACGUUGUGACAAGAAUAGAGGAAGAACUUUUGUGGGAGAUUAGACUGUGGCCAGAUCAGGAAAGGGGUGAGAGGCAUGGCCCUGAGGAUGCUGUUGAAGGGGGCUGGUGGGCAGGCAGAGUAGCAAGACGCAACUGUCACUCUGAACCCCUAGAAAGAGCAAUCAGAAGUGCUGGAGUCUGUCCUCACUCCUAAAAAGCGUGUGUUUAUGUUGGAGUCCCUCCCUGCAAUGAACCCGGAGCAACAGGAGUUGGAAAUGCAUCUAAAUCCCUAUUACUUCAGCUCCUUAGCUAGUCGAUGGUCACUUUGUACUUGUGGAGUUGAGGGGACGUGGGAGGCAGGUGGUCUCGGGUGGGCAGGCUAACGAGCCCCAUAGGCAGGUUUCAGCACCGCGGACAGGGACAGCGCCUUGGCGAGGAAGGGCUUGCCCAGAGCCCCAGAGGAUCAGCUCCCAGACUUCUGGCCAUGACUGCCCCCUUCGGCGAGCAGUAAAUGCCUACGCCAGCCUUUCACUCAGAGCAGACGGCUUCCCCAACCCAGCAUCCUCACCCAGGCCCUUGCU